AUCCCAUAAUGUUCAGCAAAACAAAUGGGAAAACAUUUGUUAUGAAUUUGAUUUGAUUAAAUCCUCCUGUUUUCACCAUAGCAUGGAUCUUUGAUAUUGCUUUAACAUUUUGUACGUCUCCAAAUGUUGCUUGAACCACAUCGAAGGCUCAUCCAACGACUUGACUCCAACUGUUACCCCCUGAACACAAACCGCAAACCAUAUUUUAAAUGUGCUUUUAUUCUUGAUUCGUUCACCAAAAUAUGGGAAAUGUAAUCCAUUCUAAAACAAUGCGAUGGCUUUGGCAGUGGAACGUCGUGUGUUUUUUGGGACUCGAGGCUUUUCUAUGUAAACGACCCUGAAGCAAAUUGGAGUUGCAGGUGAAACGCAUCGAUACAAACGCGACUGUUGAAGUCUCCUCCACAUUUUGCAGGUCGGACACGAGUCGUUUUCUAUACCGUCUGUCACGGUGUGCUGGAGGUCAUGUCACACCUCUGGAUUGGGCAGACGGUUCGACGUGUUGGACUGAGAGCCCGUCAUACGUGGAGGCGGUUAGACCGCAGCAGGACCAUCUGGGACGAAGAGCGAGCAGCGGUCAGACCACCGGGGGGACUCCACAUGCAGAUAAGGAUGAAGUCUUUCCUCUGCAGCCUCUUCUCGCUGCUGCUGGCUGAUGUUCUGGCCACUUAUCACCUCAGUGCGGGGGAUCCUCAGCUGAUCGCCGCACAAAGCUACGCUCAAACCAGAAGCAAUGGCCGACCUCCGUUCAGGACCCUGAAUCCAGCAAUUCACAGAAGUGAUUACACGUAUAGAGGAGGGUAUCACUCCCACUACCAGCCACCAAGGAACCAUCCGCCCCUCAUGUAUCGACAUGUUCCUCUAUCUCCUCCAGAGACUUAUCACAGGCCCUUGGUGGCCAUGCCGCCCUAUCACAACAGAUUCAAAGGGCCGGUGGUGCCACAAAUGCACCACAUAUACAACGGUCUAUCUCCACCAGUAGCUCAACAUCCCCAUCAAAGGCUCAAAGGGCCAUUCCCUUACAAAGUGAAAGGUCCAUGCCCAACUAUGUCAGACCCAACAGUACCAAGAGCACCUGUGGCGCACCCCCCUGCUGCCCCUCCAAUCCUACCUGAGCACACAGUGCAGCCAACUCUGCCAGCUACUACGGUGGCACCGGUGACAACCAGCCUGCCAGUGGUGGUGACCACUGUGCCGCCAGUGGAGACCACCGCUCCUGUGAAGCCACUGGUCAGUACCCAAAGCGGCCUCAUCACCACCGUCAGUCCUGUGGAGACAGAGAUGGACUCUCAGUGCAGGAGCCGUCCCCUGGACCUGGUGUUUAUCAUCGACAGCUCUCGCAGUGUGCGUCCCGGUGAGUUUGAGAAGGUGAAGAUAUUCCUGGCUGACAUGGUCGACACGUUGGACGUCGGCUCCGACGCCACCAGGGUGGCUGUGGUCAACUACGCCAGCACGGUCAAGAUUGAGUUCCUCCUCAAAAGCCACUACAACAAACCCAGCAUGAAGAAAGCCAUCUCCCGAAUCGAGCCCUUGGCGACCGGCACCAUGACGGGCCUCGCCAUAAAGACCGCAGUGAACGAAGCCUUCACAGAGCAGUCUGGAGCCCGGCUUCGCUCCAGGAACAUCUCCAAGGUGGCCAUCAUCGUCACAGACGGGAGACCCCAGGACCUGGUGGAGGAGGUCUCUGCUUCAGCUCGGGCCUCGGGCAUCGAGAUCUACGCCGUCGGGGUGGACCGAGCUGACAUGCGCUCCCUGCAGCUGAUGGCCAGCAUCCCUCUGGAUGACCACGUCUUCUAUGUGGAGACCUACGGGGUCAUCGAGAAGCUCACCUCCAAGUUCAGGGAGACCCUGUGCGGUCUGGACCCCUGUGCCAUGGGACAUGACUGCGAACACAAAUGUGUCAACAACAAUGCCUCGUAUUACUGCCAGUGCCGGAAUGGAUUUAUCUUAAAUGCAGAUGAGAAAACAUGUUCCCCGAAACGCGAAGAGGUGAAGGCGCUGGUCGUGAUGGAGGAUCCCUGCAGAUGUGAAGCCAGAAUGGCUUUCCAGAAGCAGACGCUGGCUGCCAUCCAGCAGCUCACCGCCAAGCUAGUCGACGUGUCUGGGAGAAUAGAGGUUCUGGAGAACUUGGUGGGCCGUGCCUGAAGCUGGACGCAGUGGGAGAGACGGCUCGCUUACUUCCCGCCCACGGACAGGAGUUUCCUGUCAUCCGUCCUCCCAUAACUAUAUGGAUGUGUCAAGCUGUGAUUCAUAAACCAAUACUCCUCAAGCUUCUGACUGUUGUGCACUGUUGAGUUACAAUGUCGACAGUUGAAUGUCAUUAAAUAGCAUAUUUUGAAACUGCAGUUAAAGCUACUUAAACAUUUUUCUCUAAACACCCACAUAAACAUAGUGUGAUGAAUAAUAAGAGAACAUGUAUUAUUUCCAUUAUUUCUCCUGUUCUGUAUUAAGUAUAUUUUGCAUCCUGUUUGUACAAAGUUGCAUAUUGUAUAUAGUAGUUUUAAUGAAAACAAAAAAUUGGAUUUAAUUGGUAAAAUAAUUUUGUUUACAAUCAGUAGUUUUCUUCAGUAGAAACUUUUGAAUUAUUUCUUUAUUGUAUAAUCUGUAACAACUGUUAAAGUAUUGUUGCAAUAUGCAUUAUAUUUCAUAUAUGAUCAAUGUUCUUAUGCGUCUGUGAAUGUUAUCAGAUGUCUUAUGUUUGCUAAGAAUCAUAAAUGUAACCAAGCAGACAAAUCAGACAAUAAAAUAAUCACAAAGGAG